UCUCUCGCCCAGUGCAUUGUGGUCUGUGCGCUAAAGGAAGCUGCUGCACCGGAAUCUGAAGAAUUUGAGGUGUCCGCCAAGUCUGCUGUUCACCGUCAGCUUCCCUCUUUCUGUACCUCUGUCUACACUAUACUCUCUGCGGGCAGACUGUAAGGUAUAAUAAGGAAAAUGUCUCAGGCCGACAAAAUGAAGCAGGGCCAGUUCACCAACCCUGAGACUCCAGGGUACGUUGGAUUCGCCAACCUGCCGAAUCAGGUUCAUCGCAAGUCAGUAAAAAAAGGUUUUGAGUUCACCCUUAUGGUGGUAGGUGAAUCUGGACUUGGAAAAUCCACCCUGAUCAACAGCCUGUUCCUCACUGACCUCUACCCUGAGAGAGUCAUCCCUGGAGCAGCAGAAAAGAUAGAAAGGACGGUUCAGAUCGAGGCGUCAACAGUAGAAAUUGAAGAGCGAGGAGUGAAGCUCCGUCUCACUGUGGUGGACACACCCGGAUAUGGAGAUGCCAUCAACAGCCAGGAUUGUUUCAGCACCAUUAUCAGCUACAUUGAUGACCAGUUCGAGCGCUACCUCCACGACGAGAGCGGUCUAAAUCGUAGACACAUUGUCGACAAUAGAGUUCACUGCUGUUUCUAUUUCAUCUCUCCGCUCGGCCAUGGCCUGAAACCCCUGGAUGUCCAGUUUAUGAAGGCCAUCCACAACAAGGUCAACGUGGUUCCUGUCAUAGCCAAGGCGGACACACUCACCCUCAGAGAGAGGGAGAGGCUCAAGCGCAGGAUUCUGGAUGAGAUUGAUGAACAUGGCAUCAAGAUCUACCACCUUCCUGAUGCUGAGUCGGAUGAGGAUGAGGACUUCAAAGAGCAGACCAGGAUCCUCAAGGCUAGCAUCCCAUUCGCAGUGGUAGGAUCCAACCAGCAGAUUGAGGCCAAGGGGAAGAAGGUGAGGGGCCGCCUGUAUCCCUGGGGAGUGGUGGAGGUGGAGAACCCCGAACACAACGACUUCCUCAAGCUGCGGACCAUGCUGAUAACCCACAUGCAGGAUCUACAGGAAGUGACCCAGGACCUGCACUACGAGAACUUCCGCUCUGAGCGCCUCAAGCGGGGUGGCAGGUUGUCCUCCCAUGGUUACGUUCUGCCUCUGUCUCCUGCCCGAAAAGGGCCGGAGCCGGAGGAAAUGGACAAGGAUAUGAUCCUGCAGGAGAAGGAGGCUGAGCUAAGACGAAUGCAAGAGAUGAUUGCCAAGAUGCAGGCCCAGAUGCAGAAGCACGGAGACGGAGAGGGAGACGCCCCCCAUGCGUGAAGAGCCUACAGUAUUUGAGCCACUGCUUGAGUUUGACCAGAGAGAGAUGAAUGAUAGCAGCAAAGGAUGUUUAAGCUAUCUGGUUGUUGACUCAUACUGCAAGCCACUAUCUUCAUUCAGUCCCAAAUGGGAUCUGGAGUCAUUUUUUUUAUACAUACAGUCAAGUAUAUUCAAACAGUGUUAUGUUCAUAUAUAUAUAUACACACGGUUCUCUUUCUUACACUUUUUAUUUUUAUUUCAUUUUAAACUUUUGCCAGUUACUCAAAUGAAGUAAUGUGACCCAUCGAUUUAAAUGGUGGCAAAUAUUUUUAAUACAAAACCAUUGGGAUUUACUGUUACUUUUCCAAUUUUUUUUUAAAAUCCUCUUUUUUUUAGCUAUUGACAAAACCAAAUUAUUGCUGCUUCUAUUCACUGCUUUUAGCCCCAGAACUGUUCUGAAAGCACAUGCUAACCUUCGCUCUGUGAAAGAGCUUCACUGGGAGAGUCAGCUAUAACGAAAAGUAGCAGAAAUGGCUGAAAACCUUCUUUCAGCCAUUGUUAUUACGCCAUUGUCUCAGCGUUCUUUUGUCAAGAGAAAACGACAUUUCAGGUUUCCCUCUGGUUAAGAAGCGACCACACGAGCUUACCGUUAAACAUGGCCAAUCCUGCUCAGUGUUAAAUCGUGUUAUUCCACUCAUAUGCAUGCAGCUCUAGACUCUGUCUGGAAACAUUUAAGGUGAAUUUCUUGAGUGUUGUGUUGGGAUCUUUGUCCAAAUCUUAUCCAUUAGUGCAUCUCUCAGAUCAGUGUUGCCAAGUACAACGGCAUUCAAGACUCCUUUUGAGUUUCUUAUUAAAUAAACUGUGACCCUUGACCUCCUAAAGUCUUCCUGUAGACCUGACAAAUGAAGGACAGUCAAGUGAAGUGUGUUUGACUGCGACACACUUCAGUUUGGUGCUUUCAUCAACUUGACGUAUUUAACUCCAUGUCUCCUCUAUACUGUAAAGUGAAGUCACGUGCCACCGAGCAUCGUUAAUCGUUUUUUGUUUCAUUGAUACUCAUUCGAUGCAAGAUCAUUUUUAAGAGGCAUAAACUUUUACCGGUCCCAACUGCUGAGCGCUUUGUGGUUACCACGACCACAGAGGUUAAAGGUGACCUGAUGAGGUCAGUGUAGCCAAACGUUUUCCCUCACCAGCCAAGAUGUGAGUUCUUGACAUUCCUCUUUGUGCUGUUUUUAUCCAAUAUUAAAGUACCAAAUAUUGUUCUUGAUGCGUAUAUUGUAAUAAAAGUUUUAUUCAACUUUA